AUGGAUGAAGAAAUUCAUGCAAUAGAGACGAAUGAUACCUGGGAGCUCACCUCUCUUCCAACUGAUGAUUUAAUUUUUACAGAAAAUAAUCCAGAGAUAAUUGCAGAGUUUAGAAAGGUUAUGAUUAAACAGUUUCAGAUGACAGAUAUGAGACUCAUGUCAUAUUUUUUGGAAGUUGAAGUCUUUCAGUUUGACAGUGAAAUUUUUAUAUCUGAAAAGAAAUGUGCAGGUGAUAUUUUAAAGAAGUUCAAGAUGGAUACAACGAAAUCAAUUAUGACACUAGUUGAAGAAAAAUUGAGUUUGAUCAAGAAGGGUGCUGUAAAUCUUACAUACUUUAAAAGUUUGGCGGCUAAGAGGAUUUUGAGGUAUAUUAGAGAUACUCGCAGUGAUGGCAUUUUUUAUUCAGAAAAUGAUAUAGUUGAGUUGUUUGGCUACACAGUGAUUGGACAGAAUCCAGUACUCCAUGGGCGUAGCAAGCAUAUUAAUAUUCAAUAUCACUUCAUACAUGAGUUGGUUCGAAAGAGAGAGAUUGAAGUUGAUUAUUACAGAACUGAAGAGCAAGUGGUUGACAUUUUUAUCAAGGCAUUGAAGACGGAAACUUUUGUCAAGUUGAAAAAGAUGUUGGGUAUGUCCAAAUUAGAGGAGCUUGGUUUAAGGGAGGCAAUGUAA